CUCUCUCUCUCUCUCUCCCUAGUACUCCUCCCGAGUUCCACAACCAAGAGCCGCUGAAUAAUUAGAACAUUUUUUCUCACUUUAGUUUCUCUCUCUACAUUUUCACACCCACCCCACUUUCCCAGCUUCCGACUACGACUUCUCUCGCCGGCUUCCGAUCGGCGAAUCCAUAUCCUUCGUUUCAAUUUGCUCUUUCUAUACGGACGCUACUCCAUAUUUGUGGUAAACUAUUUAUUACUUUGUGGAAUGUUCAUUGGUUGACAGCUUGCAACCAAUAGAUUUUACUCUUUGUAUGUGAGCAUGGGAUCUGCUUGUUGUGUAGCUGCAAGAGAUAGAACAGUAACACAUGGAUCAACCAGUGAAGUUUUGGAGAGGAAUGUCAGAUAUUCACCAUCAUGGAGCUUCCGGUGGGAUAAUCGAGGGCGAGUAGCAGGGGAAGACGCAUCACUAAAUUGGUCUUCUGAUGGAAUUAGUGGUAAUGAUAGAUUUGAUUUUAAGUCUAGGACAACUGUAGAAACAGUAUAUGCCUCUGAAGAGGGAAGCCCAUUGGAUAGCUUCAGGUCACUUGCAUGGCAGAAGUCACCUACUUCAGAAAGAAAUGGUGGAAGUAUGGCACAACCUUCAUCAGAUCCUUCGACGGCUGUGAACUCUACAGAGGUAAUAGAGUCAACAAGAUUGCCUGCAGUAUCUUAUCGAUCUCCUGCAAAGUUGCCUUCAUCAGUGCCUUCUGUUUCAUCCCUUUCAGCAUCACCUUUGUCAUCGCAAAGUCAGCAGCUUCCUGUGAACUUGACUCCAUCAAGGUUGCCUUGCCACUCUCCUAGACAUCAACUGUUGCGGCAAGUAUCUGAUAGUCGUGUACUGGGAAUCAGGUCCCCCACUUUCUCUAUAUCUGAAGAAGCAUCUUCUAUCAUGCUACCUGGUUGGAGCAAUGAAUCAACUAGAGGCUCUCAUUGCGGAUCGUCAGAUAGUUGGUCUAUUCCUGCCUUUCCUGAAUUCCUACAAACUUCUCGCAGAGAUAGGUGGUCUUUUGAUAGUGAAAGCUUUGGCUUCCUUUGUGACAAAGUAACCAGAUCUAGUGGAAGAACUUCUGGUUCACCCUCUUUAGAUCUCCGGACAUGUGGCAUUUGUGGAAAGCUGCUAACUGAGAAAUCUUCAUGGGGUGGUCGGAAAGUUAUAGAAUCUAAUGAAAUUGCUGUUGUUUCUGUUCUGACAUGUGGACAUGUUUUCCAUGCUGAGUGCUUGGAGAAUAUGACAUUGGAAAUCAACAAGUAUGACCCGGCUUGCCCUGUCUGUACAUUUGGGGAGAAGCAAGUGUUGAAGAUGUCCGAGAAGGGCUUGAAAGCAGAGAUGAAUUCAAAAGCUAGAAAGAGAUACAGGAAUCGAGUUGUUGAUAGUGACUAUAAUGAAAACCUUGCCAUGUUAGAGCACAACCAGAAAAGUAGUGGACAUGUGGGGAGGUGUCCCAAGAUGAGCCCAAGUUCCAGCAUGAAGUUUUCUUCUGGAAAGCCAUUACUGGGACGCCAUUUUUCAUUUGUAUCAAAGGGGACAAGAACCUUGUCCGAGAGUAAUUCUACUCGAAAGAGGGGUUUUUUCUGGACAAGAUCUAGCAAGGAGAAAGCUUCUUCCUGGAAACAAUAGUUAAGCAUAAUAUAUGAGAUAUUCAAUGUGUGAUCUUGCAUUGCUACCUUGGCCGGUAGUUGGAGGCUUGGCAAGAAGUCAAUUGAAGACCUUAAAAAGACAAAGGGAUGACUAAAUUGUUUUGCUGGCAGAUUUAGGUUAGCUUCUUUCUGAAGAUAUAAUGUAAAGAAUUGAAGGGGAAGGAAUAGAGAUGGAAGGGUAUGAAUUCAAUAUAGUAAAAACUAAAAAGGGAAUUUAUAACGCAAGUUAUUUUCUGUCUUUGUACGUUCAAUUUGGUUUUGUUUCAUGUCAAGUGCAUGAAUUAUUUCGAAGGCUUGGUAUGCUUGCUUAUGAUGUGUGGUUGAUACCAAUUAACACGGAUGGUCUAUUGGAAUA